CCGCGAGUGGCGGUAACGCGCGUUCUCGUCGCUCCCUCCUCACUAUGUUAUCGAGUGGUAAAGAUGGCGGAUUUCCUGCCGUCCCGCUCCCUCCUCGCCGCUUGUUUUCCGAACUGCGUUCUCAACCAGCGAGAGGCCGAGCAGCUUCGCAAAAGCAAACAGAUAGACGAGCUCAUCUCCCGGGAUAAGACUUACGUGCGGCGACUCGUGAAGAUCCUGCUGCUCGGCGCCGGCGAGAGCGGCAAAAGCACUUUCCUCAAGCAGAUGCGAAUUAUCCACGGCCAGGAUUUUGAUCAGAAGGCCAAGGAGGAGUUCAGGGGAACCAUCUACAGCAACAUCCUGAAGGGCGUCCGCGUCCUGGUGGACGCCAGGGAAAAGCUCCGCAUCCCCUGGGGAGACCCCGGCAACCAGCAGAACGGCGAGUUCCUGAUGAGUGUCGACACCAGGGCGUUGACCGGGGCCGCCGCGGGCCUCGUGGAGACGCGGGUUUUCCUCAAGUACUUGUCCGCCUUAAGAUCGCUGUGGGGAGACAGUGGCAUCCAGAACGCGUACGACAGGCGCAGGGAGUUCCAGCUGGGAGAAUCUGUGAAAUACUUCCUGGACAAUUUGGAAAGAUUAGCAGAUCCAGAAUAUCUUCCAACGCAACAGGACAUUCUACUGGCACGAAGGCCCACUAAAGGAAUACAUGAAUACGACUUUGAAAUAAAAAAUGUGCCCUUCAAGAUGGUGGACGUGGGUGGACAAAGAUCAGAACGGAGGCGUUGGUUUGAAUGUUUUGAUGGCGUGACUUCCAUUCUCUUCCUGGUGUCGUCAAGUGAGUUUGACCAAGUGCUGAUGGAAGACCGGCAGACGAAUCGCCUGAGUGAAUCCUUAAACAUCUUCGAGACGAUAGUCAACAACAGAGUCUUUAGCAAUGUCUCCAUCAUUCUUUUCCUUAAUAAGACGGACUUGCUAGAAGAAAAGGUUAAAACUAUUAGCAUCAGAGACUACUUUCCACAAUAUGAAGGAAAUCCCCAUGAGCUCUCCGAUGUCCAACAGUUCCUUGUGCAGUGCUUUCGUGACAAACGUCGAGACCAGCAACACAAACCACUAUACCAUCACUUCACCACCGCCAUUAACACCGAAAAUAUUCGUCUGGUCUUCCGUGACGUCAAAGACACUAUUCUCCAUGACAACCUUAAGCAGCUGAUGCUUCAGUGACAUCAGUUUUCUUCAUUCAUUUUAAUUUUUGGCAUUGACAACAGCUUACACCAUUGUGUGAUUACGGUUGCAUUUUCUUCAGAAACUUGAGUCAGCCGCUGUAAACUGCUUAAUCAGAUUAAUGCCAAAUUUGGUUUUCAGACUUGGCUUUUCAAUUGCUUUUGCUCCCAGUUGGGUAGUGCUAAGGUACUCUGUGUGUGCACUUAGACAACCCAGCAAGUUUACGAUCUUGUUUCUUCAAAAAUGAAGAUAUGUGAAAAAAAUUGCCAGAUAAUGCAAAGCUGUGGUGUUCAUUGUGGGGAUUGUAACGUUAAUAUCUACUAUCUUCCUCUUUCAACCCCUUACCAGCCCCCACCCCCCAAAAUAAAAAGGGCUAUUAUAGUGACAAAAAUGUUUUUGAAUAUUACAAAACAAGUAAGUAAUGCCUUAAGUAUUCCUUUAGGGAGUGAAUAUUACUUUUGUUAUAUUCAGAUUGUUUUGAAAAUCUUCCUAUAAAAUUUUUACAUUUUGCCUUUUGGUUACUGUUGAGGUAUAGUCAGUGUGGAACAUCUUGAAAUGAGAAGCAGUUGUAAUUUGUGUAAAUUUGGAUUUAAGGGAAACAUCUCCCUAUUGGAAGUUUUACAGAAAAGAGAAUUUGUUUAAUGUUUGCAGUCUUGCAACAAAGUAUUAUAAUAGUACAGAUGACAAAUUUAGCAGAAUUGCUUCAUAAUUGUACUGGAUUUGAGGCCAAAUUGACUGUUUUGAAUAAUGCUGAUACAACCAUGCCAUACCAACUGAUCAUAACCUAAUGUAGUAAGCCAAAAUUUAAUUUACUGUUCGGUGCUACAGUAAUAUGGGCUGUUUUUUUUUUAAAGUUCCCGACCUAAACUUUUGUAAUUGACAGCUGUGUGUUUAAGCUGUGGAUCAUACCUCAGUAAAAAUGCCAUUAAAUUUCUAUUUAGCAAUGAGAGCUUUUUCUAUUAUUGAACCAGUGGUCUUCAGUGCAAGAUGCAGUUAAUAUAUUUGGUAUUAAGGUAUUUGAUAUUACUGUGCUUGAAAUAUACCCACUGUUUGUUUAAAAUUGUAAUGACAUAAUUUAAUAUAAUUAUGAUUAAUGAUGCCUUUUUUGAAAGUUAUCUGAAAAUUAGCUUUUACUUCCUUAAACUGCAGUGUGUUGCAAAAUACUACUAUUACAGUGCUAAUCAUGGAUAAAUACCUGCUUUUUAAACAGUUUGACUUUAAAUUAGUUUUAAAUUUGACCUUACCAAAUACAGGGUUUAGAAUUCACUCGUGUCUGCAAGCCCAUUCAGCUGAGCAGUCAUUAUAAACAACAAUUUGCUAAAUCUAUCAAUGUACAAUUUAGAGUGAAAAUGUUGUCUAUUGUUUUGUUAAAACUACUAGUAACUGAAAAUUGCAGGGUAACCGGUAUGUUCCAUCAUGGGUUUUCUUAACUGUAGGAUCUAUUUAAAAUAUAUUACUGCCUUUUUUAGUAUUUAAAACAUGUGCCUCAAUGUUUGGGCUGUCAGAAAGUAGUAAAUUCUAUCCCUAUUGUCUUGAUGACCUGUAUUUGUUGAAUAACAGGCUUGUCACAAUUGUUGCUUACUGUUUUCUAUUUGAAUAGUUUUAUAAAUCAACACUUUAUUAUAUGCUGUCUUUUAUAUUGGUUUCUUAACAAUCUGCAUGAUAAAAAUAUUUUCAUUGUCAAAGUGCCAUUUGCAGAUGUUUGCAGCUGGUUUCUACCUGAUUUUGUCUUUCAGUGGUUUUUGUCAAAGAGAAAGUCAGUUUGGUGGACAGGUCUGCAGAGGCCACCAGUUUGUCAAAUACAUUUUAAGACUAUCUGAAUCUGCAUUCUUUAAAGGGAAAGUCAGAAUUUGGGAUAUAGAUGAAAUGCUGGGCAUGUUUUGCAGAUCGGGAAGCAUUUGUGGAGGAAGAAACAGUGUAGGUUGCUGAUUAAAAAUUAAAAAUGGAAGAAAUGCUCAACAGGUUGGGUAGGAUGUGGUAGAAAGAGAAACUGGUUCAAAAUCUUUCAUUGUUAAUGGUGCAUUGAGUAUUUACAACAAUUUCUGUUUUUAUUUUGGAUUUCCAACCUAUGCAGUUGUUGCUUCAAUUUGAUGGCUUGUAAAAUUUGAUGACUGUUGGAAAAACUGAUAUGAAAAGUUGACGCCAUUUUUUUUCUCUGGAGAUACAGCCAGACAGUUGAAUAUUCAUUGCAGUUUGUUUUUAAUUUCAGAUUUCCAAUAUCUUGUAGUAUAUUGCUUGUUUUCAUAACUAGGAGUUAGUUGAGCCACUUAUCUGUCAAUUAUAUGAUGGGAACCAAAGAAAAUGUUUAUGGCACAUUUGGUAGGCCAUUGUGAAGCCUCUAAGAUGUUUCAUGAAAAAUAUUCUUUGUUGUAAUUCUGAUUUCUGUUAACAAACAAAAUUUACUAUUGAUUUGUUCAGUACAUAUGGAUUUUAUUUACCUUUUCAUAAAAACAAUAUAUUAAAAUCCUAGGAAAUUUUAUGAAUACAGACAGUAUCAUUGAAUGUAGCUUUGAAGAAAAUUGAUUUGGCAAGAACUAGGACGUGGAUUAAAUCUUUGUUGUAUCUGUCUAAAGUAGCAUGUUCCAGUGUAGUCUACUACGCAAUGUAUUAAAAUGUACUGUGACGCAUUAGGCUGUUAUGACUGGAAACUAUACUAUCAUCUUUAUAAGAUUAUCAAACUGCAUUUGACAAAAUCUUCCAAAAUAGACUUAUGCUGACAUUGUAAAAGCCUUAAUUUUCAUUUGAGUUACUAUAAAUCUGUGGGGAAAACUGGAAACUAUAGUUGCUCAUCUGACUGAACUCAUGACUUUAAAAAAUAAUCACAUAUUCAAGACAAUCACAUCUGUGCUAUUGAUCACUUAACCCAAUGCUUUAAUGGAUCGGAUAAUAAAUGUGACUAUUCUUAAGAGUUGUUUUGGAUAAAUGGUGUUAUGCAUUUCCUUUUUUUCUUGCCCAUUGAAGGUCUUUAUUGGACGUAAGUGUCGAUUGGCUAAAGGCUAACUAUUUAACUUUUUGCCUAACAUUUGCUGGGGGUACGACGCUCAUUUUCGUCAUCUAUUGAGAUUGCCAAUUAAGGAUGGUUAGUACGAUAGAAAAGUGCCUUCAGUAAUAAGCAAUCUUAACUAAUUUGACAACUAAAAGCAUAAUACUCUACAGUAAACGAGUAAUCAUCUCCAUUCUGUGAGGUGAUAAAGAUGAGAUUCUUAAGGAUGUUCAUCUCCACCUAAUCCAAAACACAGUUGAAGACGAACUUGCAGUCAAUACUGUGUAAAUAAUUCCUUCUAUGCAGACCCAAUAAUUUGUACACUAAACCAGUGCUUUUUUUGUGAUGGUACAUGCCAGUACAGUGUACCAGCUCCUCUUAAAAACGUAAAAACUAGAUUUAUGUGCAGCAGCUAAUAGUGUUGCACAAACUGUUAUAUAUGUACUGGCACCCUUUUCUCUUCAAAAAAGCACGGCACUAAACUAAAAGAUAUCUUCAUUAUACCAUUGUUGCAUAAAUAGUGGUAAAUUACACUGUACUGCUGCUUGAUCUCUCGUUCUCUCUCACUAUCAUUUGGCUUGCAAGAGUUUGGCUGAAGGACCUGUUUCCAUGUAUGUAUAGUUCUAUGACGCUCAUAGCCAUUAAAAAAAAACUAGAAAAAAAAUCUUCCUGCAAUACAUAGAUGAUUUUAGACCCAAGACUGUUGAAUUUAUCUUAUGACAAAGAUUGCAAAACAAAAUCAUAGAACUAACUAGCUUGAUUUAUUGAAUGGGAAUAUGACACUCAUAACCCUUUAUGCUUUGUAAACACACAGAAAAAUCAAAAAAAUGUUUUCUCGAAGACUUUCUGGUGAAAGUUUUACUUGCAAAAGUGCUGUUUAUUUGUUCAAUUCUGUAAGCAAUUUAAGAUGAACAUUAGACAAUAUUUGUGUACCAAUUUUAUGCUUCCAUUGGUUUUUAUACAAGGUCGCCAUUUUCUUUAGCGAAGUCGUUUGAUCUUGUCCUUCAUUUUAGCGCUCUGGCAAAUUCAUCUGAGGUAUGUUUAACUUCAUUUCUGAAAAUAAGACAGCUUAUAACUUCAAAAAAGAUUUUAACUUCACUUAUCUACUUAUUUAUCGAAAUUGCCAAUAAUUCCUCAAAGCUCUAUCAGAACCAGAAUGCCACUUCGUGCACUAGCCAACUUAAUUAUUUAUUUAAUUUGUUCUUUCAUUUAAUUCAAAGCUUUUUUUUAAACCUUGCAUUCAGGUACUCUUAGUCAAUAAGUGAGCAUCAUUCAUUUAAUGGUCUUGUUGAGUUUAGGCCUUAAACAGGAUAGCAACCUAUUUACUAUAUUAAUUUCUAUGGAGACAAGGUUCAUACCAUUAUGUUAUCUUAUGUCAUUCAAAAUACAUUUUAUUGUCAGAGAUAUCUCUGAUUUGUCUUUAUUUUUAGGUUCUCUUUGCAUGUGCCGAUUAUUCAAGUUCAAGUGAACUAUUGAAAUGCACUUUCCAAUAAAUCUGAAGUAGAAAAGAUUAAACAUUAGUUUUAGUCUUAAUAUUGCAAUAAGUUGUAGUGUAUAAAAUUCACCGCAGUCUUAAACAUCAAAACGAAUUGUAAGUCAUUAUUUUUCAUAAGAUAGAUCCAAAGUAUCCAGAAAGAGUUACAUUUGCUUUUCAUUAAUGUUUGUGAGAUUGUUCACAUUAAUUGUAUAUAAAUUGGAUGUCUAACAAGCUAAUAACAUAAAUCUGUAGCAACAAAAUUGGUGAAUUUCUGAAUAGGCUGUUGUCAAUAAUGCUAACAAUGAAUGGAAUUAAUGUUGCAUCAUUGUUCCUAAACUAGUGUGAUGAAUGAAAAGUUAGUUAUCGGAAUCAAUGGCUAAUGAUUAUUGUAAUUUGGUUGGUUCACCAGCCAGUGUUAUUUUGCUAAUAGUUGGGUAAUAACAUUAAUGGUAUGUACAAAGGUAACUUUUCUCAAAAGCUUAAUAUUAAAGAAUAUAGGUCCUAUACAUUGUAUGUUGAUUAGACAAUAGUUACAUUGGAGUGUUACACGAUGAGAAGAAGAAACUGACAGUCAAAAUCCACAUAUGCAGUAUGGAGUGACAUUUUCAGACGGACCCAUUAAACAAAUGGGCAUGUCCCCAACUUCAUUCAAAACUGUCUGUUUCCACAAUCUCCAGCAUUCAUGAAAUGAAAAAGAGUAGCAUAGUGACUACCUAUUCAGCUUAGAGGAUGGGGAAAAAAUUGUCCCCAGAGAGUGUCUUUGGAAUUGAAAUUCUGGUCUAUAAGUAUAUUGAUUUUGAAAAUCGAAGGAGGCAGCAUGCUAGAGGACACCAUGUGAUAUUUUCAAAGUAGAUUUUGGUUUUAAUGCUACUGGAACAGUGCAUGUGAACACCAAACCUUGUGACCUCUGUUCAUUUACAAAUACUACUUCCAAUUUCCAAAUGUGUUUUUUCAAUUUUCUUGUUUACUGGAGGCACUGGCUUUUGAGGUACUAUUUCAUGGGUGCUAAUAUCGGUCCUCUGGUACUAUGCUUGGCUCGUAAUGUGCAAACGAAAUAGUGCUGAUACUGUGCUAGACCAGGUUUCAUUCUCAAGGGUAUAGCUGAAGUACAGUUCAAGGGUUGUAAUUCAUUUGCUUUGUGAAGUUCAUGUUUUAGACACUGAAUCAUUGGAAAAUCUCCAGUAUCUUUAGUAUUCUCAACUUUAUUCUGCACUGAAAUUGGCAAGCAAAGUGACUUUAAAUUAAAAAAAACUUAGAUAAUUGUGAGAAAUUAAAGAUCAUCUUUAAUCACUUUCUCUUUAAUUUUCAUCCGUGCAAUUGUCAUCUUUUCUCAAAGUUGUGACACUUGAAAGCUGUUUUUAAAAUACCAGAAACCAUGCAAUCUUUAUGUAGUGGCCAACAUUUACCAAUUGACUUGGGCAGGCUAUGCAAUCAAGGUGACAUCACUUCCGUACCCAAUUCCUAUUGAAAAACAAUGUGCACUUUCCAGCAAAAUUGUCUGUUUGCAAUUAGUUACUGAGGGUACUUGCUCUGUUUCUCUCUCGCUCUCUCUCUUCCCUCCCCCCCCCCCCCUCCCUCCAUGCUCUUUGAUUUGAGUUCAGGAAUCUCAGCACAUACUGGAAAUAAACCUGUAAUUUUUAGAUUAUCUGAUUUGGUGCCUUUGUCAGGACAUUCCUUCUGUUUAAAUGUGGAUAAUUAGUAUGAAUACUACUCCAUAAGUAUGUAGAGCUGCUUGAUCCAUUUGUGUUCUGUUGGCAGAAGAUUGCUGUCUCUGAAGUUUUGACUAUGAUUGGAGAAAGGUUAAUAAUUGGUCGAGAGAUGUCUUAACACAUAGCUGUGCAUUGCUGAAGCCAAAGUAAAACUUUUAAAAAAAAAGUAUUGCCUGCUUGUAAGACCAUAAACAGCCUUUAUUCUACGAAUUAUGAUCCCUCACAGCUGGCAAUUUGUCCAUUUAUUAAAGAUAUUAGUGUAUCAUGCACUUCUUGUCUUCACAUUAUUAAUGCAGUACUUAAUUAAUAUUUGAGUUGGUCAGUUUAAUAAAAUGGUGUCAAAGAUCAAGAAGAUGCAUGUGUUAUUCAACUCAGAUUAAGGCUUUCUUUCAUUUGUAAUGUAUGUUAGUGGUAAGGUGCUGCUAGAAGAAUUUGUUUGCUUUUGUUACUUUGGUGUGUGCCUUUAGUCAUAUUGCCUAGUUUCUGAUAAAACAGUUUAGAAAUGUACAUAUUUUCUGCAUUUGUACAACAUGCUCCAUUAGUCUCGACAUUCUUAUCUGAAUCUUGAUAAUUUCAGUGGCAUUACUUGAAUUGGAAAUAUUUUAAGAAAAAUAUCCAGAAUUUAUAGAAAAUAGGCUCUUAGCACAGGGAUUCAAUAAUCAUUUUCUUUUAAAUAAAAGCAAAAAAUGGUUGAACAAUGCUUUAGCUAAAAGUAUUUUAACUAUUCAUUUAACCAGUAUACUAUUGUAUAGGAACAUUUUUGUGGUUUUAUAUCUUCAUGGAUUUGGGGGGUGGAUAUGGACUGAAUCUUUUACAUUGUUUUACUUUCACUUUUUGUUGUAUAUUUUUCUUCGUUCAGAAAUGGCAGUAAAUUAUUCAGAUUGGAAAGCUGAGAGUAACUGCUUGUUUUGAUUUAAUGCUUUAGUUAAUAGUAAUGCUGUUUCAUUAUAUUGCUGCUGUUAUAUUGGUCUGUACAUACCAUGCAGAAGUUUGUCUUUGCAGCCAUUAAUGCCUAAAAUAAAUUUACUGACGUGUAUUAAACAUAUA